GUUCGCUAACCAGCUAGUUAGCUGCCAUAACAGGCAAGCAGAUGUGUACCAUAUGGAAAGAUGAAUUGAACCGCGCUUAAAGAGUGACUUUGAAAGAGAUUUGUUGAUAACAGCACCAUGUUGCGUGUCGGGAAUAAAGCUGCCUGCAUGGCCUGCAGGAAUCUGGUCUCCACCAACAUGGGGGUGAGAUUUCGGGUACCACUGCAGAAGCUUCACCCUCUGUCACGUGCCAUCCACCACCGCUACUCUGGAAACACCAACCCCCAGAGACCUCCUCACCGCACGGCAGCCCGCUACUUUACCUCCAUGUCCCGGUUGCCCAUGCAGCCACCUAAGCCUCCCCCAGGGUCGGGGGGCCGCGGCCACCAGCAGCAGCGCAACUUCUGGGUGGCCCGCCUCGCUGCCCGGCUGCUAAAGCUUCGAUACAUUCUGCUGGGGUCGGCAGUGGGAGGAGGGUACACCGCUAAAAAGACCUAUGAUGAGUGGAAGGAUAUGCUGCCCGAUUUUAGUGAAUACAACUGGGUCAUUCCUGAUUUUGUCUGGGAACUGAGUGAACAAAUUGAUCUUGAUAAACUGGCCAAAGCUCUACCAGAGAUCGAGGAAAUAGCAAAACUCCUACCUGACUUUGACAAGAUAGGCGAGAACUUCACUUUCCUCAAAAGCCUCCUGUCCUCUGGUGUGAGUUUGGGUAGUGAAGUCAAAGGAGCUUCUGGUCUGCAUCUGUUGUUAGAAACAUCAGGCGAUCCUCCACUAAAAGCCACAGAUUCUUCGACUGCAGCCUCACAAGAUGGCAGCGACAAGCAAUACAAAAAGCAGGGUCUGCUUGGCGAGCUCAUUCUAAUUCAGCAGCAGAUCCAGCGGCACGAGGAGGAGGUCCGGCGGGCCGCAGCCGCCAAUAGUGCGCGUCCCCCACCGCCAGAGCCUGCUCCCAGUCCGCCUCCGAACCCCAGUCCCCCUCAACAGAAACGCAAGUCAUCAGACAAAGAAAGGUUAGACCAGCUUCAAGAAGAACUGCUCCGUACACAGUUAAAAUAUCAGCGCAUGCUGGAAAGACUGGAGAAGGAGAAUAAAGAGUUAAGGAAAGUGGUGCUUCAAAAAGAUGAUAAAGGGAUUCACCAAAGGAAAGUCAAGAAAUCCCUUAUUGACUUGUAUUCUGAAGUCCUGGACAUCUUGUCAGACUAUGACGCCAACUACAACACUCAGGACCACCUACCCAGGGUGGUUGUGGUUGGCGAUCAGAGUGCUGGAAAGACUAGUGUGCUGGAGAUGAUAGCCCAGGCCAGGAUCUUCCCCAGGGGCUCAGGAGAAAUGAUGACCCGCUCUCCUGUCAAGGUAACACUAAGCGAAGGCCCCCACCACGUGGCAAUGUUUAAGGACAGUGGCCGAGAGUUUGAUCUUACCAAGGAGGAGGACCUCGCUGCUCUGAGGCACGAGAUUGAGCUGAGGAUGAGGAAGAGUGUGAAGGCGGGACAGACCGUCAGCUGUGAGACAAUAUCCUUGAGUGUCAAAGGCCCCGGCAUCCAGAGGAUGGUGCUUGUUGACUUACCAGGAGUCAUCAGUACUGUGACUGCAGGCAUGGCAUCGGAUACGAAAGAAACCAUCUUCAGCAUCAGCAAGGCUUACAUGCAGAACCCCAAUGCAAUCAUCCUCUGUAUUCAGGAUGGCAGUGUGGAUGCAGAGAGGAGCAUUGUAACAGACUUGGUUAGCCAGAUGGACCCCGGGGGGAAGAGGACCAUCUUUGUCCUGACCAAGGUGGACUUGGCUGAGAAAAACCUGGCCAGCCCAAACAGAAUCCAGCAAAUAGUGGAAGGAAAGCUGUUUCCAAUGAAGGCCCUGGGCUACUUUGCAGUGGUGACAGGAAAAGGUAGCAGUGGUGAAAGCAUAGACUCCAUUAAAGACUACGAGGAAGACUUCUUUCAGAACUCUAGAUUACUAAAGGACGGCAUGCUGAAGGCCCACCAAGUGACAACAAAGAACUUGAGUCUGGCCGUCUCCGACUGCUUCUGGAAGAUGGUUAGGGAGUCUGUUGAGCAGCAGGCCGAUGUCUUCAAAGCAUCUCGCUUCAACCUGGAGACGGAGUGGAAGAACAACUACCCUCGCCUGAGAGAGCUGGACAGGAAUGAACUCUUCGAAAAGGCCAAAAAUGAAAUCUUGGAUGAAGUCAUUAGUUUGAGUCAAGUGACCCCACAACACUGGGAGGCCAUCUUGCAAAAGAAGCUGUGGGAACGCGUUUCCACUCAUGUGAUUGAAAACAUCUACCUGCCUGCUGCCCAAACAAUGGACUCUGGUACCUUUAACACCACCGUAGACAUCAAGCUCAAGCAGUGGACCGACAAGCAGCUUCCACACAAAGCACUGGAGGUUGCCUGGGAGACACUGCAGGAAGAGUUUGCCCGCUUCAUGGCUGAAUACAAAGGCAAAGACCAGGACGACAUUUUUGACAAGUUGAAGGAGGCUGUGAAGGACGAGAGCAUCAAGAGGCACAAGUGGAAUGAGAGGGCCAAGGACAGCCUGAGGGUGAUCCAGCACAAUGCCCUAGAAGACCGCUCCAUCACAGACAAGCCCCAGUGGGAUGCAGCCAUCCAGUUCAUGGACGAAACCCUGCAGUCACGCCUCAAAGACACUGAGUCAGUAAUCAGAGAUAUGGUGGGUCCAGGCUGGAGGCAGAGGUGGAUGAACUGGAUAAAUCGCACACCAGAUCAGCACAUUCGUAAUGAAACAAAAAAUGAGCUGGAGCGCUUGCUGAAGCUACACGAUGAACACACAGCAUACUUGGCCAAUGACGAGGUCACCACAGUCAGGAAGAAUCUGGAGGGACGAGGGGUUGAAGUUGACCCUGUGCUGAUCAAAGACACGUGGCAUCAGCUGUAUCGCCGACACUUCUUGCAGAAGGCGCUGUCUCACUGUAACCUCUGCAAGAGAGGCUUCUACUACUACCAGAGGCACUUUGUUGACUCUGAGUUGGAGUGCAAUGAUGUGGUACUGUUCUGGAGGAUCCAGAGGAUGCUGGUCAUCACAGCAAACACUCUCCGACAGCAGCUCACCAACACUGAGGUGCGCCGACUGGAGAAAAAUGUAAAGGAGGUGCUGGAUGACUUUGGGGAAGACAUGGAGAAGAAGACCCACCUCAUCACCGGCCGCCGAGUCCAGCUGGCCGAGGAUCUCAAGAAAGUUCGUGAGAUUCAGGAGAAACUUGAAGCCUUCAUAGAAGCUCUUCACAAGGAAAAAUAAGAGAACCAGAUCUAUUGAAAGUGAAUUUAUGGAUCACAACAGAGAAAUGCACUGAACAAAGACAGAGAAAUCUGUUAAUGACCGUCAUCACAUCCUGACCUUGGCCUCACCACUCACUCAUCUGAUUUCAAUAUCGGCGGCUUGGCUAACUGUCCCCCUUUUGAAGCUGAUGGAAAGAUGGACCUGAACUGAAGGAAACCGUUUUCAAGCUUUAUCUUUGAUUUACCUUUUUUCUUUUUUUUUUUCUCUUGCAAACUGUCCUGGGUCAAGAGGGGGACUUCUGCACAGGAGCCCAAACACAGUCAGAUCAGAAGGGAAAAUGAGAAGCAUGCAUAGUGUUUUCAAUCAUCUAACCUCUCAUUUUCAAUAAAUGAGGAUUGUGUACAUGUUAAUCUCCCCAGUUUUUUGUUUUUUUUUCCAGCUGAUGGUGUUCGUGUACAUGUGAUUAGAAGAGUGUGUGUCUUCACUCAUGUCACCUUUGGCGCUGUUCCCGAUGAGUGAAACAGCCUUGAAUUUCAAACCUUUAUCUCGCCUGGUGCUCCUAAAAUACUCCAUGACACAUACCUGGUACACAAGAGUUUGAAUAUUUAACAUUCACCAGUUCUUUUUAGUUGCACUUAGGAUCCAAAGCACUUAAGUUAUCCCUCCAAGCAGCAGCUAUACUCUACAUUUAUGCUCCAUGUACCCCUAAAUACGAGCAGCAGAUGUCAUCACCUUAAAAUUAUAAGAACAUAUUUAGAAGUAGCUGCCUACCUAAAUAUUCAGCUUCCCUCUCAUCAGUGCUCCCCAUUGUAACUCGACAACAACCAUCAUUAACCAUAUACGACCAGCUCUGAAGGUGUUUUAUUUUUUAUUUUUGAUAUAAUGGGGCUUUAUUUGACAAUGGUUUGUUAAUAUGUCUGCCAAAUGCACAUGAUGUCCUGUUCAUGCCACCUUUUGUUUCUGUAUUUGUCUCUGUGUUUGUGAUGUCUCUGCUUCCUUCAUUGUACAUUAACACUUCAUCUGUUCUCUCCCCCAUGUUGUAGCUAACGGAUAAUAGUACUGCUUCCAAAGAAAAGAAAAAAAACAUCAGAGACCCUCUUGAUAGAUUAAUAAAUGUAAUUUAAUCAUAAAUUCAAGAUGCUUCUAGAUUGUUUAAACACAUUAUUAAGCCAUUAUUAAAGAGCUGCAGUUUUUGAACUGAUUAUGUGAUGAUAUAUUUUAACAUAUUAAUUGUUGUAUCAUUUCUAAGGUUAAAGACAUUAUUUCUCAAUUGAAUCAUCAGCUAAAGAUGGCAGAAUAACAGCGUAAAAGUAAAUUAUCUUCCAGUUUAAUUGUAGAUUUAAUUUGAUUGAUCCACUAGGUGUCUACACUUUGGUCCUUUUAGUCUUUCGCGCACUAGUAUCCGGUCCUUCUUGAUCAGUAAGGUGGGUUUUCCUGAUGUGUUUCCAAUCUGCACCAGGUUUGAUGAUUUGGACAGUUCUGUAUGUACAUGUACACAGCACAGGUGCACUUGCACACAUCCACUUUUCCUCUGCUUUCUGUGAUAAUAGUCAUUAACAUCUUAUGCCUCUUGCUGCUUCAAUGGAGGGAUGAGAUCAAACACCUGAAAACCAAGGGAAUGCUAAUCUCCAGUUGUAAAUGAACAGAAAUUAUCCUCAAAGUUAAGAAAAAGGAAAAUAUCUAACAUGCUGUUGGGUAAUUUUAAACUGCAAAUGUAUACUUUUGUCAGCUCACUGAUUCUUCUAUGAGUCUCUGUCCAGGGCUGGAUGUUUCCAUACUGCUCCCAAUAUUAUGCUUUUUACUCAUUCUCAUCAGGAACCCGUUAUCUCACAUCCAUCUCCAUCAUUUGGACUAUUCUGACUCUUUCCAUCACGUACCUAGACAUCCAUUCACUCUUGCUAGCUUGAAAAACUGUCUGAAGUUUGACCGAAAGUGGGGCAAUAGGCUGCGUUAAACCUAUCCACUCAUUAAUGUGUAUAUGAUGGAUAUAAAUAUAUAAACAUUUACACAAUAGGCCGUGUGUUCUGUACAGGUUAAGGUAAUGCGUAGCCAUGGAGCUACCAUCAUGUACAGCGUGUAUGCAGAGUGAACAGCUUGUGUAACAAAAUCCGUGAGUUGGUUCAAAAAACUGUUUUGUUGUAGAAAGUAAUGUUUGCAUGGUGAACCCCAUCAGAUGUGCUUUAUUUAUUAAAUUUGUGCUUAAAAGAGAAAAAUAAAAAAAUAAAAUUGACAUGAAUAAAAAUGUCAUGAUGUGUCAUCUUGUCCAGUCAGUGCUAAAACCUAUUUGAAGUUGACCUUAGUUGAGUGCAUGCAGCUCCGUAAUUUAUUUAUUUUUUUGUGCAGAGUUUCAUUGAACAAUGUCUAUUUACCCGAACCUUUAGCCAAUGAAAACACUCAA